AUGGAAUCUAUAACUAUGAAAAAAUAUAUUCAAUCGGCCCAAAUACUUCUAUCAUGUUCACAAUUCGAUGAAACGCUUGCAUUCUUUACAGAUCGACUUGGCUUUCGUAUUGAUAUUUUCUUUCCAGCCGAUGAUCCAGAAGUAGCCAUAAUUUCUGGAUACGGACUCAAUAUACGAUUGGAACGUAAAACUAGUGAAUCAAAACAAUCGGUUGAUACAAUUCGUUUGCUUGUACCAAAUGGAUCAAAGCUUUGUGAGGAAGGAAUCACCGAGUUAAUUGCACCAAAUGGGACCAAAAUCCAAUUUGUAGAAGCCAAUCCCAAACUUGAAAUACCGCCAAUCAACCAAUCAUUUGUUGUUAAUAGAUUGAACGUUGAUGCACAAUGGGUCACAGGACGUAGUGGAGUAAAGACUCGUGAUCUAAUUCCUGGUCGCCAAGGUGGACGCUUCAUUGCAUCACAUAUUCAGAUUCCAAAUGGUGGACCAGUAAAGGACCGUGUACACUCUCAUGAAGUUCGAUUUCAAGUGAUUUACGUAUAUAAAGGAUGGUUACGUCUUGUAUUCGAGAAUCAGGGAGAGCCAUUGGUUCUUUAUGCAGGAGAUUGCGUAUUGCAACCUCCACUAAUUCGUCAUCGAGUGCUCGAAGGUUCUGCAGGUCUUGAAGUGCUCGCAAUAGCUUGUCCAGCAGUACAUAAUACUUACGUCGAUCACGACAUUGAAUUGCCAACUGCUAACAAGCUACCUGAUCGUGACUAUGGAGGACAGCGUUUCGUAAAAUAUAUUGCUGCAGAGGAUCAAACGAAAUGGCAGCCAUGGAGAUUAUCUGGUUUCGAAUUCCGAGAUACAGGAAUCAGUGCAGCUACUAAAGACUUGGCCGGUGUUCGAAUCAUUCGUGGCAACGGCAAUGUUAAACCUCAACUGUACCAGCAUCUUGCUGAAUUUGUCUUUAUAUUCGUAAUUAGUGGCAAACUUUCACUUUCUGUCGAUGGCAAAGUUACCGAGAAGUUAACAGAGGGAGACGCAUUUGUGAUACCUGAAAAACGAACUUACUCUGUUAUUGAACGGUCGAAGGAUAUACAGUUAUUAGAAGUAUCAUUACCUGGAAGCUUUAAAACUAAGGGAGCAACAGUUGGGCAAAACCAGCGUUACGGAAUUUCAGCUUUUUACAUUGUAACACCUGUAUCUUCUUAA